ACUGGGAGCUUCCUUCUAGAAUUUUCAUGGACUAUCUCAUCUUCUUUGUGCCCGUAAACUACUCUUCUAGAGUAGAAGAAGGUUGAGUUUAACUCAAGAGGGUUUAAGCAGACUGGCUGCCAUCUCUGGUUGACCUAGCACGCUGGUCUACAGAGCUCCAGCUCACAGUGGACAUGGGAGACAAACUGUAGAGCUCCACAACUCCUCACUGAUAUUUCUGGAUGGGCUAUUAAGCCCAAGCUCCUCUUGGGACCAGGUUCACUGAUGGAAGAGGGCAAGACAGGGCCAAGGCUGGACCCACUGGGAGUUAAGAAGAGGCCCAGGACUCUUUUAAGGGUGAGAGGGAAGCAGGUAACAUGAUCCUAAAUUGGAGUCAGCCCUGGAGGAAGCCCUCCUGGCCAGGAGUUCUGAGACUUCCCUAGUAGGGAGUGCUGCAGAGCCCAAGGAUGGUGUCCACCCAUCCUUGGGGCUUGAUCUAGAGACUGCAGAGUUAAGGUGCUCAAGAGGCUCUAGUUGGGCUCAGCACCCCAUACUUAACUCCAGGACUUAAACUUAGGCUUGUGAACCCUCCUGUGAUUUUCAUCUGCACAUUCUGGGAGAGUGCUGCAUUUGGAGCCAGGAUGGGUUGGGGGAAGGAGUAGCAGGAAACAAGGGUCACAGUUGGGGCUGGGAUGACAGAGCAGUUGGUUCAGGAUGGAAACACUUAGACAUGUCAGCUCCUCUUGGUCUUUGGCAAAGGAAAAACCAUAUCCUCUCCAAGAGGCUUUUAGCCCAAGGACUGAGGUAGCGACAUGUGCCAGGUCCCUGCCCACAGGCCUUUGGAGUUCCUAGGAGGGAUGUGGGCUGGGCUCAGGGAGCUAGUAGUUCAUAAAACAGCAGAAAUCCUGCCCUGAGCGGAGCAUUCUGGCAGUUGACACUAUGAAGGGGACACUCCUCGUGCUGACCUUGCUGGUGACCCAAGACCUGGGCAUCGAAAUGGCGAAAGCCUGCCCCCUUUUCUAUUCGGUCUUUGGCACUUUGGCCAUUGGAAAGGAGUUUCCGCUGAACAAGGCCCUUAGACUAGCCAAUGCUACUGAAGCAGAAAAAGCAGCCAUAGGAAAAAUCCAGGACUGCUACAAUGAGAAGGGACUCGAUGCCAAGAUAUUGGAUUUGAUUGUCAUGACUACCAUCACCACCAGCAAGAAAUGCAUCUAUGAAGCAAUGGACUCAUUGAAGGAGACCUUCCACAUAGCCCCUUUGGGGAGAUGAAUCUUUGCCACCAAUGCCCGAUCUGAGCUCCAUCCUCCUGCUCCUUUCUUCAUACCUGAAGCUGGAAUCCAGACACCUAUCUUUGCCUAAUUCAUCUUUAGCAGGAUGGCUGUAAUAAAAUAACUGCAGUGUA